AUGAAUAUUGCAGUGAACAAUGUGGAAGAAAAAGCGGUCCAUUCCUGGUCGAGAAUUUCCUCUGCAGGACAGAAAGUGCUGGAGGAAGCCCUCCGAGUCUUCAACCCGAUGUCCAAGGACCUUUUGGACACAGAGACCCAGCUGGUGGCCUUCAUUCAGGGCCUGAAGGAGGAGGGCUAUCAGCCCACCAUUCUGAGGAGUAAGGAUGUGUAUGGGUACAGCUCGUGCACGGCAGACACACCUAACCAAACAAAAGAGAGCACCCCGCACAGCUGCGCCGCCGCCGCCGAGUCCGCGAAGAGUCCGGCUCGAAACACCGCGGCCGUGGCAAAGGUGUCUGCUUCGCCCACCAGCGUUUCAGUGAACUCUUCGAAAGUCUCCGCUCAGCCCGUCUCUAAAGGGGAUUCCACAAAUCUCCUCUUGAGCUCCUUGAAGCAGACAAGAUCCGGCACGUCCAAGGCCACGGCUGUGGGCUUCCCUACAAGCAUGUAUCCUGACGUGUAUCCAGCCAUGAGACUGUCGGUGGUUCUGGAAGCUCUGGUGCCGCUGAAAACUACUGCAUCCUGUUUGGAGUCCAAGUACACACGAGGGCGUCUUGGGAUCUCACCCUCGGACCUUAAACUCCUCAAGGCUUCCAGUCCGCCGAGGCAGUUUUCUGCAGGCAAGACCACUAAAAUAACAGAAGGUAAGGGGUACAAGCGUUUGAUAAAGAAAGCACCAGAUUCUGCCACCCUCGCUUUAAAUCUUCUGAAGGGACCAAAGGGUGGAGUGCUGCAGGAGAGCAAUGCCUGCAAAGCCUCCGGAGUCCUCAACGGGAGAGUGGCAGGCAGCUCGUCCCAGGACUGCACCACAGCACCGCAGUCCAGAACGUUGAAAAUCAAAAAUAAGGAACCUCUGGUGGGAAAAACGGAAUGGAAGGACAGCAGCACUUACCGGGAGAGCGUUGGGCAGAAGAGGAGAAGAGCUACAGAGGCAAGAGAAGCACCGCAGAGAAAGAAAGCAAGUACUAUUCCUGCCCGAAAUAAAUCUCGACGGGCUCAGAGCACUUUGAACCUGCUGAAAUUCCGGGCCAUCAAGGUGGGCAACUCUUCUGAUGAUGAUGAAGUGAGGAGGAGAGCGCAGAAGAUUCUUAGGGUCAACCUGUCCCCCGUGAUCCGAAUUCAGCCCCUGGCCCACUCUCACAGUGUUCCCUGA